GAGAUUUGCGUUGCUCAGCAACCGAAGACAACAUCUCCAUUGAUAACGUUAACACCAGUGAAAGGCUGCUUAUAAGGAUUCACCAAGUAGAUAUAAUUCGUCAUUUCAGUUAUUUAAAUGGAGGACACAAGACCACCAGGGGAGGACAUGUUUGAGUCCUUGGAGGAGUUUCACAUAAUUCUCCAUGAGCUGGUCGGGGACGAGAGUAUGGGCAAGGUCCGGGCGGAGUACGAGAAGCUCUUACAUGCACUGCGGAGGUCCAGAGAGAACGAGAAGAGGCUGAUGUCCAAAUGCAGGGAGUUGAAUGCAGAAGUUGUGUCAACCUCAACUAAAGUAGCAGCAGCCCUCAAACUGUCCCAUGAAGACGAGACGACUAUCGCUUCACUAAAGAGGGAGCUGGAUAAAGGCUGGAAAAUGGUUGAUGCUGCUCAUGUUAAGGAGAGGAGAGACAAAGAGACCAUCCAGGACUUAAAAGAAGAAGUCUCCAACCUGAUGAAAAUGGCUGAACAACAAACCGGCUUCUCCAUGGACCAAGAGCGAAGCAAUCUACUAAAAAUGAAUGAGGAGCUGACUAAGGAAAAAGACGAACUGCUCUCAACUGCUGAGGGUCUGAGAGAAAGACUAAACAAGGCCAUCGCAACCCAGCAGGAGAUAGAGGCCCAACACGAGAGUGCCUCAGAGAGUAUCGCUCAGCUCCAGCAAGAGCUCCAGGUUCAACAGCAUGAGAGUUCACUGGAGAUGAGGCUGAAGGAAAAGCUGGAUAAGGAAGUGAAGCAACUGCACGUUGACAUGGAGGCCAAGAUGGGCGACAUCAGAGCCCUGAGUCUGCAGGGCCAAAGGGCCAGAGAGGAGCAGCAGGUACUGGAGCAGCAGCUGAAAGAGCUAAAGGUCUUGAAUGAGCGAUCCAGCAGGGAGCUGGAGCAGAUGCAAGUGAAGAACAGCAAGCUGCUGCAGGAGUGUGAGCAGCUCUCUUCAGCCAAAGAACAUCUUUCCCUGGAAAAUCAGCAGUAUGCGAAUGAGCUGAAGAUGAGAGAAGAGAAAGUAAACCAGAUGCGUCAGGAGAUUGCCAAACAAACCAAGAUGAGAGAAGCCAUCCAGAAGAAGUUCCACCUGAUGGAGGAUCAGAAAGCAGACGUGGACGUGCAGAGGGAGAACCUGAGAGCUCAGAUUGCUGGUCUGGAGAAAGAUCUUGAAUCUUCCCAAAAGCAAGUUGAAACGGACAAGAAAGCCAUCGAGGAGCUUCAGCGAGAGAGAAAUAUCUUAAAUAAGAACAUGAUCAAAGCUGCACAGUCAACUGAGAAACAGCAGAACCUUGUGAAGCUCCUGGAGCAGGACAAGAAGGCCUUGGAACACGAGAUCAGUGGCUACCGCCAAGAGGCCCAAAAACAGCGUAAGAUCAUCCAACAGCUGGAGAACGAGCGUGAGCGCUACAUCAACGAGACCAGCAACCUCUUGCAGAAGGUGCAACAAAAAAUGAGUGACGUUGAAGUAAGAGAGAUGGAGAUAUUUGAUUGGAGGAAGAAGGUCACUGAGGCGGAAAGCAAGCUCAAACAGCAGGAGAACCUGCUGGAGUCUGCCGUGUCGGAACGGAACCUCUACAGCAAAAACCUUAUCGAGGCUCAGGAAGAGAUUGCAGAAAUGAGGAGGAAGAUGAAGACCAUGAACAACCAGGUCACCAGACUGAGAGAUGAGAUCACUGGGAAGGAGCUCGCCCUCACCAAGGACCAGCAGGAACACAAGCGUUUGGAGAAGGAUAAGGAGUCCCUCAAGGGUGAGCUGAAGCUCAUGAAGCUCCAGCUUGAAGAAACAAAGCAGCGUGUUGACAGUCAGAAAGCAGAGCAGGAAAAACUGCAAAAGAUUGUAGCCGACAGUGAUGCUGAGCAGGUCCAACAGAAGAAACAACUGGACCAGGUCCUCAGGGAGCGAGACAUCCUGGGGAAACAGCUGCUUCAGCGUAACGAUGAGCGGGCUCUGCUCUACGAGAAGAUCAGGAUCCAGCAAGCUAUUCUAAGCAAAGGGAACUUCCAUUACAAUCAGCGGAUGGAUGACAUCCGCCUGCUCAAGCUGGAGAUCAAGAAGCUCCGGCGCAAGAAGAGCCUCCUGGACAAGACUGUGCCCAACACAGAGGACCUGAGGCGAGAGCUGUUCCACCUGCAGAGGGAGCUGCUUAGAGAGAGGACGAGGAACAGCGUCCUCGAGGAGCAGUUGAAGCCCAUAAAUAUUCACCGAUGGAGGCAACUUGAGAGCAGUGAUCCCAGCAAAUACGAACUCAUCCAGAAGGUUCAGUCUUUACAAAAGCGACUGAUCGCCAAGACCCAAGAACUUGAGGAACACGAACUCCUGCUACAGGAAAAGGAAAAGCUGUAUGUUGAGCUGAAGCACAUAAUGGUCCGGCAGCCGGGUCCAGAGGCUGCUGAGCAGCUCCAGCAGUGCCGAUGGAUCAUCAGAGAGAGAACUAAAAAGCUCAAGGCGUUGAUCGCAGAGCUGAGAAUGCUUGACUCAAAGAUUAACGAGUACAAAAGCGAGAAUCAAAGAUUAUCUGAUGAGCUUGCAAACACAAAGAAGAAGUACCUCAGCCAGAAAAGGCUACACAGCGAGCACAUGACCAAGACCACAGAGGAGCAGCUGGAACCCCUGCCCCCGCUGAGCAGCAAACCUCACUUCACUGGAGGAGGCUUCAGGAUCAACAACCCUGUGAGGAAAUAAUGGCCUUUAUUUAGGGCAAUAUUUUAUUAACCAUCGGGACCUUUUACAUCAUUUGAAAUGAGAAAACUUUCAUGAUCACAAUACAUUGUCACCAAGUGAAAGGUUUGUAAUUUUUAGUCAUCAUGACAUUUGGAAAAAGUCACAAUGUAAAUGCAUGGUAGGAAAUGGCUGUCUUUACUUCAUCAUGUUCUAGAAUGUGUUUUGGAUGAAAAUUGUAUUUUGUUCUUCUGACAAUAAUGAUAAUGAAGUUGAAAAGAUGACAUCAUGAUCUCUUUAUUUGGAAAUGACUUUUAAUAAACAGAACCAUAGAAGAACAUCAUUCAUCAUAUCAUGGCUUAAGAAAUACAUACAUAAUCAAAACAAAUAUGAUCUGGUUCCUAGUAUGAGAUACAGAGCUGUAUCGACCCUCAGUAAAGCACUUUGACCUCUGUGACUGCAUCAAAGAGGUGCUCUUUAAAGAAACUGCUCUUUCCUUGUUAACAAUUUAUCAACAAUCUGAGAAUAUCCACUGUCCAGAAACAUUUAAAAUUGGAUGUGUAUUAGGGAGGUUUUUAAAUCUUUGUCAAGUCUGAUAUUUGAUUAGAGAGCAGAACAGAGACAUGUAAUCAGAGAUCGAUCCAGUCUGAACAGUCUAAUACGACUUUGAUAUUGAGAAAGAAUUAAAGGAAAACCAGCAGUUCUCUGAGAGAACAACCUUUCAUUGUUAAAAUCCUCAUAGAACUAAUAUUUAUGUCCCAGGAAACGUGAGUGAUGGGGCAGUUCCAGGGAUAAUAAUAAAAUGCGUAUGAAACUGCAUUGGUGCCCUCUGCUGUUGUUCCAGCAUCAAUGCAGGAGCCAUAUUAUUGUGAAUGAAACAUGCAGCAGGGACUGUGAAUUGUAAUAAUAAUAUAUACAUAUUUUCCAAAUAUUAAUCAAUUCAUCUUUUUAAAAUCUUUCAUGUGUGGUCAGCUGCUUGCUGAUAUGCUUUAAAAUGUGUCUAUUUCAUUGUGUAUGUAUAGAUAAUAAAUACUAUGUUAAUCAUGA